AUGGAAGUCCUUCGCGCAAAGGCCUUUCCACUUGUAAAGCUUGCCCGGCCCCAUGAAGCGGAUGACCAAAUCCAGCGGCUGCAGUUUUUACGCACAGAGAUUCUCAGACUUUUUCGCACUCCCGACUUGUUUCCCUCACCAGCAACCAAGGCGAAAUUCGCGGCAAUUUUAGCAUUGGAUGCCAAUUUGCAAUUCCUGCAAGCGGUAAAGGAGCUAUUGUUGCGUGACACGGUUGCAGACAUCGACUUCUAUAUCCAUCACAUCACCCGCCGUACGUAUCUAUUUGGCAGCAAAGGAUGGGAGAACUUUUUCCUCAAUAUGGCGCCAGGCGCACCAUUGCGGAGAGAGCGCAUAAGAACCUCGCCGAAGUCUUCUUACCAAAUUAUCCCAAUAUCUGGGAUGAGAAUUAUUGGGGACGCAAUUCGUCAGGAACAAGGGCUUGCCCGAUGGAUCACCCAGACGACCAUCCCUUUAAAGGAGAUGGCUGCACGCACAACGAGACUGAUUGACCUGGACAAGCCAGACGAGCAACAGCUGAUCCCGAGCCUGCCGCUCAGUCACCAAAGCUACAGCCUAAAUCUUCGGCCAAAUCCAUACAGGGAGGAUCAAAAACCGCGAUUGGAUCUAUCCAAAUACGGUCCUGAGCGGUUGGAAAGUUAUUCUCCUCUCAUCGGUCGUGUGGAAAUGCAUCCGAUAUUGGUUCCCAUUGCGGCUCUAAACGCUACAAACAUGUUCCCCAUGAUAUCUAUUAGGGCCUGGCAUCCCCCAACCAGGAUUGAAGCUCUCCGCUAUCAACAUUUCGCGCGUCAAUCACCACAGCGGCAUGGCGGCACGGCCAUGAAUGGCGCUGCCAGCGGGGCCAUCGAAGUCGCAUAA